AUGCUUGUGCCGUUUACAUUCCGACCUUCCCUGGCUCGAAGAACUGAAGCGUACGUGGCACCGCCAGCAGCCAGCAGCCUUGAGGACGCGCCAGCCUGCAGAUUCAGGCGGUGUCCAGGGCCUGCUUGCAGAGCGCUGGACGCCAUGGCAGAAGGUCAGGCCGCUGAAGCUCCAAAGGUGGAGGCCGAGCAGCCCACAGAGGCCCAGCCUCAGGACUCCAAGAAGAGCUUUGGUGGGCCGAGGAAGCGUCUCAUGUGGGGCCGCGUCUUCUUGGGACAGGUGGUCGAUUGGAAGGGAAAGUAUGGAUGGAUCCAACCGGCAGAGCCGAUCCUCCACUUCAAGGCCAACCUCCGACAGGGGAGGAUCUUUGUCAACCCAAACACUGCUGUGGUCCGUCGCGCCUGCAGCGGCAAGUAG